GGGAGGUGCGCAGUGCGUGGGUAGCCACGUACUUUACUAGACUGAGGUGAUUAGCUUCGGCUGUUUACAUCCCCAUCACAUAGAUAACUAAAUAUUAAAUAAACCACUGAUGCUAUUUACUUUGCGUAGUCGAGCUUCGAAGAGCGCGAGAGAUACCCGUGUUUGUUACAAUAUCGUUUAGAAAUUACGUGAACUGUGUACAAUCUACCCGGUGAAAGUUUACAAAAUGGAGUUGAAUUUUAUAACGACCCUAAUAAAACACGAUGUGAACCACAAUAUUAAACAGUGCUUCAAGUCUAAAAAGCCAUUCAUCAUUAGAAAAGAAGAAGUAAUAGCCAUCAAAAAUAAAUUUCCAACUAAAAUACCGCUCAUCGUAGAAAGAUACCACAAGGAGAGAAAUCUGCCAACGUUGGAUAAAACGAAAUUUCUAGUCCCUGAAGACAUCACAAUGUCGCAAUUCCUAGUGAUAAUACGCCAAAGAAUAAGGAUAAAGCCAAAUCAAGCUCUCUAUCUAAUAAUCAACAACAGAUCGAUGCUAAGCAUGAGUCUGACGAUGGCACAAGCCUACGAGAAUUUCGGCGAUGAAGAUGGCUACCUUUACAUCACAUACGCCUCUCAAGAAGUUUUCGGUUAUCAAGACGAUAUGACGGGGUCAAACAAAGAGGUCCAAGUAAUCAGAGAUAGAUUCCCCAACAAAAUUCCGCUGUACGUCGAAAGAUACGUCAGGGAAAGAGAAGUUCCGGUCUUGGGGAGAAAUAAGUUUUUGGUGCCACAAGAGCUCACUAUGUCCCAGUUCCUCUACAUCAUACGAACAAAGAUGAAACUCAGAGAUUCCCAGGCAUUGUACCUCCUAGUCAACGACAAAGUGCUGGUCAGCCAUAGUAUGACAAUGGCACAGGCGUACGAACAGUUCCGUGGCACCGAUGGCUUCCUCCACAUCACGUACGCCGCACAGCAAGUUUUUGGUUGAAAAUACUGGUACACCCUGCUUGUGCAUGAGAAACUGGCAUUUAAUGAAAUGAAACCAAUAUAAAGACUGAUAGUAUUCUAUAUUUUGUGAUACAUAAUAGUAUAGGACUUCCAAUUAUAUAACACAUCUGUUUGUUUGGCUUCUCGUUGAUAUGUAUUGUUAUUAGGCCGGUUCCGAAAUAUUAUAUAGUUUAAUUGCAUUAUUAUAAU